ACCACCCCCCCUCCCUCGCUCUCACCCCCGACGCACGAACGCGCUCGAAUCCGAUUCCUUCCUCGCCCGAUUCGAGAACCACGACGACGCAUCGAAUGCGAUGACGAGGACCCGCGAAUCGGGAAGAGGAAGAGGAGACGAAGAAGACGACGGAGGAGCAGCCGCGAGGAACGCGAUCGAUCCGUCUUUGAUCACUGUGGGUUCUGCUCUGACAACCACAAAGGGCAUUAUCAUCAUCGACAAGUGAGGUCAAAUAUCAUAAUAAUUCCUUACAGUCCUUUCCCAAGGCUCUCUAUAGUGGGGUAAAUUGCUUCCUAGAUGAGCUUGAUCAGACAUGCUGAGCCCCAAUGAACCCAAGGUUGAAGGAGAGGAUAUAUUCUAUGAUGCAUUUGACAAUAUCAGAAUUUCCAUCGACUCUUCGUCAUCAGAGGACGGUACUUUCGGCCACAAAGAAGGAGAGCUAAGGAAAUUUGAUUAUUCAUUAUGGACAGGGGAGUUGAUGAGUGUUCAGGAACGAAGAAGCAGAUUCAUUACUGAAGUGGGAUUUGAUGGACUUUUGACUACUGCAAUGAGCCAUUUAUCACAUAGAGAAGAGGGUACAAGUGGUAGGUAUUCAGAAGCCAUGGAGUCCGAGAGAAUUACAAGCAGCAGUGGUGCUGUCUUGGAUUCAUCUUCUUCUGACCAAGAGGUAGCGAAGGAUUGUGCCCACUGUAUAAGGGAUCUCGACAGUGGGAAGAGAUUCAUUGUUCAUGAUGAUGGCGGCAAGCAAGGAUUAAUUAGCAUGUUUAAAGAGGGUGGUUCUGAAAAUUUUAUGAACAUGAAAGAAUUUGAAACCUUAAUUGGGCUCUCACGUUCUUUCCUGAAGUUCUUGAGGAGAGAACUUCCUCACAAAGGACAAAGAAACAAAGGAUGCUCCAAUGCUCUGAAAAAGAACCCCAAACGAUGGUGGAGGAACUUUUCAAAGAGGAGGCAUGCACCUCGAACAUGUGUUUCCGAUAUUCUGCCUAAGAUCACGUCAGUGAAUCGUUUCACGAGAGUUAGCCAUCAGAGGAAGAAGUACAGAGAAUUCACCGCCCUCUACAUGGGCCAAGAAAUUCAGGCCCAUAAGGGUUUGAUUAGAGCUAUGCAGUUCAGUCCAUCUGGAUGGUAUUUAGCAAGUGGCGGUGAGGAUUGCAUCGUGCGAAUAUGGCAGAUUAGAGAAGCAGAAUCAUGCUGUAAAUCAUUUACUUCAGAGGUAUCUUACAAAUCUAUUGAUGGAGUUAAAGAUGUUAGGAUAAUGCUUGGAAAAGAUGGAAAUUCUGCUCCUGUUGUUAUUCCCAAGAGGGUUGUCGAGAUUGAAGAGACUCCAUUGCACGAGUUCCAGGGGCACAAAAGUGAUAUCUUGGAUAUAUCCUGGUCUAAGACUGAUCGUCUCCUGACAUCAUCUAAGGACAAAACUGUGCGUAUGUGGAAAGUUGGUUGUGAUGGCUGCCUUGCAAUCUUCCAGCACAAGGAUUACGUGACGAGCGUUCAGUUCAAUCCUGCUGAUGAAAGAUACUUCAUCAGUGGUUCUAUUGACGGAAAAGUUCGAGUGUGGGAUGUCCUAGAGAAUCGGGUCAUUGAUUGGGUUGAUAUUCGGGAUGUGGUAACUGCUGUGUGCUAUCGACCAGAUGGAGAGGGUUUUGUUGUAGGUUCUAUCACUGGAAAUUGCCGCUUCUACGACUACUCGGGUGAAAAUUUGGAGCUGGACACACAACACUGUAUUAAUAAAAAGAAAUCUGCUGGCAACCGAAUUACUGGCCUGCAGUUCGCAUCAGAUGAUUCUGAGAGAGUAAUGAUCACAUCCGCUGACUCGAAGAUUCGACUAUUUGAUGGGGUCAAUGUCAUAAAAAAAUUCAAAGGUCUCCGAAAAGCCAAGACUCUUUCGCCUGCGUCAUUUACACCGGACGGCAGAUAUAUAAUCUCGGUCGGCAAUGAUUCCCAUGUUUACAUAUGGAACUCAGAUGGAUCUACGAGCCCCUGUUCCAAAGUAGACGAAUCAAUUAAUACACGCAGCUUGAUCAAACCUUCGUCGAAGGGACCCAAAUCAAUUGAUUCGUUCGAAUCCUUCGUCUCCAAAGGUGUUUCAUUAGCAGCUGCGUGGCCUGGAGUGGACAAAAAAGCGGGAAACGACCGAAGCAAAAGCUCCUUUGAUCCAUCCUCCAUCCCGAAGAGAAUCUUAGAGCCGUCGACCUUGCUCCGAGACCCGGACUGCUUGUCCCUCGGUGCUUGGCUAUUUUCCAACGGCCUGUUGAGGGGAACCGCGACAUGGCCGGAGGAGAAGCUUCCUCCGCCGUCUGAUUUGUCGUCGAUGGCCGACGAUUGCAGCCUUCCCCAUCGGUGUCUUGCUUCUAUGUCGGCGUCGUGGAACAGCGUCAUAGCGACUGCGAGUGACGAUGGGAUUAUCAGGGCUUUCCAUAACUACGGAUUGCCCGUUAGGUUGUGAAAAUGUGCAUCAGAACCACCGCAAGGGCCUUUUCCAAUUAUUUCGAAAAGAAAGGAGGGCCGCAGUUUGCUAUUUUUGCACUGUAACAUCCUUACAGUUUUUUUAUUUGGGUUUCAGCUCAAAUUUGAAGGAUCGAUGCUGCGCGAAAUUUUUAGCAAAUGGAUUCAGCAUAAUAUUAUUUUCUCCAGGAAACAAGAAGAGCAACAUUACCGGCAAAAGAGUUACAGGAAACAAAAGUGACCCAAAAGGGAUAAUUGGGAAUUUUGCUUAUUGAAGUAGGGAUUAUGAAAAGGACACGAGAGAGAUAAAUAGAAGGAAUGCUUUUAGCUGCAAGUGCAGUUGUUGUUGUUGUUGUUUUUUUGUUUUGUUUUUUUUUUUUUUUUUUUUUUUUUUUCUGGGGGGGAAGAAAAUGCUCUGUGAAUAUCUAUGUUUCCAUGGCUGUUGUUGGACAGGAAACUUUGUAAUCGCCAUGUUACAUGAAGUGAUAUCUGUUUUAUAUAUAUUAUAUGGUUUAAUGCACAUAUUUAAUCAUUUAAA